GUUAAAUUUCAAAUACUCUAAAGGUAAACUCUACAAGAAAGAAAUCCAUUAUUUUCCAAUAGAUGGCUUUGGUAGUCUGUGGUUCGCGUUCUAUAAGUGCGCGCAGGUUACGUUAUAUGCCGUUAGAAAGAUAAAGGCGUCAAAGAUAGACAUCCGCAAAGCGAAAAUACGCCAUAUUUUACGGUGUGUCUUCAAUAAGGACGAAAACGCAGGCUAGUUGGCUGAAAAUGUGAUCACCGUUUAUGGACCUCAUGCUAAAACCGCUUACUGCGAAGUUUUGGUUUCGUUCAUUCUGUGCUGCUAAUUUUGAUAUCCAAGAUUCAUCACGCUCUGGAAAGCCGCUGAAAAUCGCUAAAAAAAUGGAAAUCCUGAAGUCAGACUGACAUUUAAGCGCUGUUUCGUUGAUCUAGAAGUUGAACAUUGCACUAAAAGCCAUUCAGAAUCAUUUAAAUAGCGCUGGAUACGAAGAGAAGCUCGAUGCCACUUGAGUUAAACCAAAAAAUACCACAUGGAUCAGUAGGUCUGUAAGCGCAAUAAAAUCGAUGCAUUUAUAAUGAAGAAUGGUUACUGAUGCUGAAAUGUGAGUCAUUUAAGACAACGUCAAGCAAAAAUCGUCGUGGUCGAACCACGUUGAGUUCGCGCAAACGGCGGUUAAGCCAGGCUUGAUGGUGUGGAAGGUUUUUAUAUAUGUUUGAUGGAAUUGGUAGGUUAUCAUCUACAAUGAGAAGCGUAGCUUCUACGACCAAACUCUGCAUUCGAAGCUGUAUUGUCAACAAUUGAACCGUUUGAGGUUCCUAUGCAUACACCCUAUAGUCCAGAACUGGCACCAAGCGAUUAAUAUCUUUUCCUGUCUAUAGCGAAUAUAUAAUUUUGUUGGUGAAAAUGUCGCCGUAAGAAAUGGUUUUCAAAACCGACUGUCCCAACAUGUUGCCAAUGGUUUGUUGGUUGAAAAGGAAGGCGAAUGUGCGUCAGACUGCAGCAAUUUAGUGGAUUUGGUAAAAAACUUGAUUUUUUCCAAAUCAGUUGACCAAUGUUUCUUAAGUUUGAGCCGUGGAAUAUAUCCAGUCUUAUCCGGCUGAAGUCUGGGCAUUCGAUAUCUACUUUUUCGAUUUCACCUCUUGAAAAUCUUACGGGUAUAUACCCUGUGAUGAUCCCUACAAUGAUACUAAAUUCCCUUUUGCCUAAAAGUAGUGACUCUUUGGUCUCUCUGGGUAGUCAACACUACCCCAAAGUAACUUUACGCUAUGCCCUAUGUUGUUUGUAUGCCAAGAACUGAAGUGCUCCUCUAGGGUCCAUUGCUUUAAACAACCAUUGAAGAAUCUGAAUGAUCUGGAACAGCUUAGGGGAACUGUGUUUCCAGCUGCCCCCCAGCGGGCCACUUCGUCUGCCUCUUAAUUUGCUUUGCCAAUAGGGACAGGGCUUUCUAUAGGAGUGACAUUAUGAAAAUACCUUUAAGUUGACAAAAAGUUAUAGAACAAAACGGUGCAUACAAGUAUUUGACCUAAAUUGUAUGAUUUUAAGGAGUCUUUGAAGUUUUUAUAUAAUGAAAACCUUUCAAAUAACCUUACUUAUGUUAAACUUAAGGAAAUCCCAAAGUUAAAUCUCAAAUCGUUUGGCUUUCAACUUCAAUUAUAUGUCAAUAAAUAUACUUUACAUAAAACAAAGGAAAAUAUAAAUCGAAUAAAAAAAUAUUUGUAUUUACAGUUUACCAGUUAAAUUAAAAAUUCUUAGCGAUACAUUUUAGCAUUGUUGUAUCGAAGAUCGACUAUCAGACUCCUGUCACGAACCGAAGUGCGAAAUGGUUAAAGCCUGUUGCGUAAAUACGCCCAAACAGACAGCGACGUCGUCGACUACCGCCAAAGCUUCGUACAGCCGAAAUGCAUUCAUGCAUUUUCUAAGCGAAUAUAGGCGCGUCUGCAAUCGCCGAUCGCCGGCGUGGUUGACCGCCACAGAAGCCGGCGAGGUAUGGUCGCGUAUGCCACUUAAUGAUAAGUACUGUUAUAUUGAGGCCGCACGCAACGCUGGCUAUGUGUAUACGGCACGUGAUCGUCGUAUGAAUCGUGUGAUGCGACAUCUGCGUAAGUCUCUGACAGAUAAUGAACAUCGCAUCGAUUUGAUGCAACUCUCAUUGGCCGUUAAGCAGAUGCAGUUGUGGAAAAGAAGAACGCUGGAUGAAAUGUGUCGAUGCUGAUGAGUGUUUAAAGCUGAUCCGCUACGCUACGGUAAGGCAUGCCACAAAUGUCAGUAAUCGUAUGAGUGUUGUUGUGUAUAUCAUUCGGUAAUGUCUCGUCUUUUGUGUUAAAUGUAAAUUCAACGUUGUAAUUAAAAAUAUAUUCCUUAAACAUAA